AUGAUGGCGUGUUUGCUGUCUCGUCUUCCUCUCCAAUAUUUUAGGCGUCAUUCAUUUCUCCCUUGUUUCUUCCAUUCCUCUUAUCAUUCCACUGCUCAAUUGACCUCUCUCUUACCACUCUGCCGAAACCUUCAAGACGUUAAAGCAUUCACCUCGAUUCUGAUCGUUCACGGAUUGAUUAAGCAUCAGCCCUUCACGCAAGAGCUCAUUCGCCAUUGCUGUCUUCAAGGAUGCGCCGAACUCUGCCUUUCUGCCUUUAAAACAAUCCACAGGCCGAGCCUUUCCUUGCAGAAUUCUCUUCUCAGAAAUUUGUCCAGUAAUGGACUCUUUAAAGACGCAGCAGUGGUUUAUCAUACCUGUCGAAAUUCUGGAAUAUUAUCGGAUAGCUACACUUAUCCUUUUAUGAUCAAGGCGUGCGCAGGUUUGCGCGAUAGUAGGCUCGGAAGAACAGUUCACGGUGUCGUGAUUAGAUUCGGGUUCGGUGUAAAUCUGGUUGUACAAACUGCGUUGCUGGACUUUUACAGCAAAGUAGGAGAAAUUUGGGAUGCGCGUCAAGUGUUUGAUGAAAUUCCUCAACCAGAUGUGGUUGCUUGGAAUGCACUUAUUUCUGGGUAUUCUUUCAAUGGACUUGAUUAUAAGGUUCUGCAAGUUUUCAAGGUUAUGUGUAAUGAUGUGAAGCCUAACGCCAUCACCGUAGCAAGUGUGCUCCCUGUGUGCUCCCAAGUUAACAGUUUCGGUAUUUCUCUCCAUGGAUUGGCUUAUAAACUUGGAUACAAUGAGGAGGAAUCGCUGAUACCUGCUAUGAUUUCAAUGUAUGCUAACCGUGGGGAUAUCUUGGCAGCUGGUGAUCUUUUCGCUACUUCGGCCAGGAAAGAUGUUGCAGUUUGGAAUUCAGUAAUAUCUGCGUACACGAGGAAUGAUAAACUGGAGAAUGCUGUGGCAGUGUUUCGAACGAUGCUAAUCGAUGGCGUGAAGCCUAAUAUGGUUACAUUUGUGUCUCUUGUUCCAUCUUCUGAGAAUCUUGGCAGUGUUUGUCCUGUCGUGAUGUUCCAUGGUUAUUUGGUUAAAUUUGGAUAUGCUGAGGAGCCGUUGGUCGUCACAGCUCUUAUUUCAUCUUAUGCCAAACUUGGAGAUUUAGGUUCCGCAGAGUUCCUUUUUCGUAGUUUAGAAUUAAGGACUCUUUUAGCAUGGAAUUCGAUGGUUUCAGCGUACACCGGACAUGGCCUUUGGGAGCAGAGUUUGGAUGCUUUCCGCCUCAUGCAGGUGGAUGGCUAUACUCCUGAUGCAAUUUCGAUUAUUAGCCUCGUUUCUUCUUGCUCUAAAUUGAAUGCUUCUCUCCCUGCAAAGUCUGCUCAUGGUUUUAUUAUUCGGAAGGGGAUGGAUUCCAAUCUUGUUGCUUCGAACGCAUUGUUGGCAUUUUAUUGCAGUGUCAAUGACUUGGUCUCCGCUUUCAGGAUGUUAGACAGAAUGGCUAUGAAAAACAUUGUUUCCUGGAACACAAUCAUUUCGGGAUGUGUAGCCAACGGAGAAUCCGAGAAAGCGACUCUCAUGUUCCAUCAGAUGAGGGAAGAGGGAAUAGCUUUUGAUGAAAUUACCCUGAUAAGCAUCCUUCCUUCUUGCCUUAAAAUGCUUGGCUCUGCAAUUCAUAGUUAUGCGAUCAGAACUUCUCUGACAACCGAUGUUUCCUUGGCUAAUUCUCUAAUUAGUAUGUAUGUCAACCAAGAAGAUCUCGUUGCAGCAAGGUCGCUGUUCGAUGAAAUGUAUUAUAAGAGCGUUGUUUCUUGGAAUGCUGUUCUAACUGGCUACCGGUUACAUAACUUUUCGAAGGAUGUUGUCGAACUGUUUCAUCAAAUGAUAUUGGAGGAUCAAAAGCUGAAUUACGUAACUUUGCUGAACUUGUUGCCUGCGUGCUAUACUCUUCUUCAGGGGAAAUCAAUCCAUGCCUACAUUGUUAGGCGAAUGAUUCCUCUCGAAACUCCUCUUCUUACGUCUCUGAUGAUCAUGUAUGCUGCGUUUAACAACUCGAUAGCAUGUUUGUUGUUGUUUGAUGUUGGAGACAAGUCCAAUAUCUCUCUCUGGAACACUUCUCUGUCCGCAUGUCUUCUUUUGAAAACGACUGCUAUGGCAUUCUCCUUCUUCUCCGAGAUGGUUUGCAACAAAAUCGAGCCCGAUGAUGUUACGAUUCUGAAUAUAAUUUCAGCUUGUGUUGAUUUGAAUAACCUACAUACCUCAAACUCUGUCUUCUCAUAUCUUGUGAGGAAAGGGUUUGACAAAUAUGUGACAGUUUGUAACGCAUUGAUUGACUUGUAUGCAAAAUGUGGAAGCAUCUCGUGUUCAGCGAAGCUAUUUGAUGCAAUGCCGGUAAAGGAUGCAGUCUCUUGGAGUACGAUGAUAAAUUGUUACGGAAUGCACGGUCAUAUCAUAGCUGUCAUAAAUCUUUAUUCACAGAUGAGGGCACUAGGUAUCAAACCGGACGAAGUUACCUACAUGAGUGUAUUGUCUGCUUGCAGCCACACGGGUGCGGUGGAGCAAGGCAUGAUGGUCUUUAAUUCGAUGAUAGUUGAAGGCAUUCGACCACGGGUUGAGCAUUACGCCUGUAUGGUUGAUCUUCUGGGAAGAAGUGGCCACUUAAAUGAGGCAUACGAAAUCGCCAAGAAUUUUCAAGGCAAGUCGGGUGCCAACUUGCUGGAGUCAUUGCUGGGUGCUUGCCUGAGUCAUGGAAAUUAUACGGUCGGAGAAGAGAUAGGCAAAUUGCUUGUGGAAAUGAAUCCCUGGGAAUCUGGAGCAUAUGUGAUUCUUCAUAAUAUAUAUGCAGCAGCCGGGAAGUGGGGUGAAGCAGGAAACUUGAGACAGGCAAUGAUUCUCCCGGAUAAGCCUCCUGGAAUUAGUAGGUGUGCUGAGUGAACUCUUCUAACUCACUUCGACCGUGCAUCAGCAUGAUCAUGGAGAAUCAUUUGCAAGAAGAUGAAAUGCAAGGUCGGUCCAUCAGGGGCAGCUUACGGGCAAGCAAGAAAAAGCACGCGAAAAGUGUGUAAAAGGCUUGGAAAGUAGGAAUGUAGAAGGGGAGCGCAUCUUGUGGCCGACGAGAAUGAGGCUCGGGGUUCAUUAAUCAUUUCCCGUGUUUAGGGUUCAACGUACUGUGGUUUUCAGGUAAUAUACUAUGAGGAGGACAGGAAAAUUCAAUAAAGAUAUUACAAUUGACCCUAUUUGCAGUGAACUUUUGAAGCUUGCUGAGUACAAUGUUCGUAUGGCUACGCUUCUUGAUGCGGGAAGAUAUCCUUUUUCUUUUAUCCGUGUUCAUUUUACAUAGAAUCUUUUCUAAAUUUGCACCAAUUAAAUUUCCGGAACUCUCUGAGGUGAAGAAUUCUGGCUCAUCCCAGCCGCAUCAAGGACAGCCAUUGUCAUUCCUUGCUAUUGUUAUUUUUUCCCUUUAAACUUUCCAGUUCUGCCCUGUUUGAUUAGGGGUCAAGCUCUCUUCUGCCCAAGAAAUUUACUGCCUACAUAAAACUUUGUUCGUUGCUACGCUUCUAAACACAAGCGUGACUGUAUAAUGUUCUAAACUCAAGCGUGACUGAAUAAGAUAAGGUGGAGAAAGAGGGGAUGAAAGUUUGAUGCAGCUUCUUGUUGUUGAAAUGAAGCCUCAGGAUGUUCAUGCAAGUCCCGCACUUCGUUUGGUGAAAAGUUUCCGGCAAAUCCGACCUAUGCUGAUAGAAGUCCUUGCACUAGACCAGAUAUUUGAUUUUCGGUACACAGCUGUCGAAGCAACGUAUAAUAAGCGUCGAACUUAUUAGAAGAAAUUCCCCGCCGAGAAAGUGGGUUUCUGAAAGCUUAGAACCAAUUCUAUCUCAAUACUUCUCUUUAAAAAACAAUAAUUUAAUUGUUCAUUUGUUGUAUUUUUUAAAUGAAACAAUAAACUCAUUUUCACUCGAAUCAAGUUCUUUCAAAUCCUAUUUUCAGUCUUCGAAUUUUAUUACUAUCUCAUCUUCUCCCAUUUUUUCGAAUCAUUGUCCUAGAAUUUCAAAAUAUCAUAUCCUUUGUUUAAUCCAAGCUUCAUUUCAAUUUGCAUAGUUCAUUAUUUGCCUCCCCGACUUCUUUCUAACUUUCAAUUCUCGUUUCCAAGUCUUCUAAUAAUUCUUCUAUUGAUCUUUUUUUAAAAAAUGAUAUAUUUUGUACAUAAAGAUGAUAAUAAUUUUGGUGUAAAAUCUAAAUUAUUUAAGACUUCUUUUUACAAAAAUUUGAAGUAAUCUAUUAGCUUUAUUUAUCUUUAGAAGUAUUAUAUAUUUUGUUCUCUUUUUUUAAACAAAACAAAUAACUAAUUGCCCUUUUGUGGAUGGAUUGCACUUCCAAAAAAAUGGCUUCUAAAUUGUUUUACUUGUUUAUAUUGUGAUUUAUGCAAUUUUUCCAUGUGAGUUUGCAUUUGUUUUAUUGGGUUGCCAUUUUAUUUUUUUACUCUUCAGUAAUCUACUUAAAGGUGCUGAAAGAUUGCUAAUGCUAUUUAAGAAUUUAAUUAAGUCUUCCAAAACAAUUUUAGAACCCUCAAAACGGGAUGGUGAAUUGGUGAUUCAACAAAUCAUUCUUAAAGUGGAAGGGAAAUCUAAACUUAGAUGCACUUUUUUUUAAAAAAAAAUAAAGAACAAAAGAAAUUGUCCACUUUUUCCUCUUCCAUGUUUUAGAUUCAAAAAGUCAUUCCUUAGAUUCAAGUCAUUACCAUUAUUGAGGUUUUAGAUUCUCCGUCAUUUCACAGGUCAUUUCUUAAAGUGGAGGGAACUCUAUACUUUUAAUGUGCUUUUUUGAAUCUCUUUUGGCCAUUUUUUCCUCCCCCUGUUACUCUCACAUGUCAUAGUUGAAUAAUUGAGGUUUUGGGUUCUACUUUAAACUUGAUGAUGAUGGUACUUAGAUGUGCAUUUUCUAAUUUUUGACUAUUUUUUCCUCUACGUUCCCGUUCUUCCUCUAGCUGAACCAUUGAGGUUCUAUGUUCCUUUUUUCGUAACCUAUAUAACCUUACUUUAUUUUUUAAUUCAAACUAAGGAUAUUGUGGUGAGUAACUAAGAAAAUGUUUUUUUUUAUGUUUCACCUUAUUCCAAGUGUGAUUUACUCAUUUUCAACAUCUGUAGCUCUUGAUUUUUUUUAUUUGGUUGCUAUUUUUUUUUAAUUAUUUUGUCUAAAUCUAUGCUUAAAGUGUCAAACCCUUGCUAAUGUCUGUUAUUUAAAUGUGUUAACUCUUCCUAAAAUAUUUUUGAAACACCUAAAACUAAGGAGAUGGUUAAUUGGGUGAUUCCACAAACCAUUCCUAUAAGUAUUUAGGUAAAAUUUUAGAGCUAAAUUGUGUUUUUUUUUUUUUCAAAUAUUUUGGCCAUUUUUUCCAUUUUCAUUGUUGCCUACCAUAGUUAAAACGGUUGAUAUUUUGAGUUUUCCCUUAAAAUUGGCAAGGAUGAUGAAUUGGGUGAUUCCAGAAAUCGUUCCUUAAAGUGAAAGGAAAAAUCUAAACAUAUGGUUUUUCAAAAAUACAAAAAAGGCUAAUUUUCCUUUUCUUGUUUCUAAGGAGAUGGUUAAUUGGGUGAUUCCACAAACCUUCCCCGUGAGUAGGAGGGGAAGAUUUUAGAACUAAAAUGUGUUAUUUCAAAAAUUUUGGCCAUUUUUUCCUACCUAGUUAAAAAUAGCUAAUUUUUCCUUUCUUGUUUCUAAGGAGAUGGUUAAUUGGGUGAUUCCAAAAACCUUUCGUGUGAGUAGGAAAGGAAAUUUUAAAACUAAAAUAUGUUAUUUCAAAAAAUUUGGCCAUUUUUCCUACAGUAGUUAAACAUAUGAGAUUUGGGGUUCUCCCUUAAAAUUGGCAAGGAUGAUGAAUUGGAAGUUAAAUUUUGAUUAUUUGCAAAACCAAUCCGAGUAGUAAAAGAAGUGUUAAACUAAAGUAGAAAAAACAUGCAAAUUGAAAAUCUCUUUAGUAUGAAAAUUACCUUUGUGCAAUAUAGUUAUUCUUUUCAUGAGAUUCCAUUCAUUAAUUAACAUUGAGAAAAAAUCCAAAAAUGAAACAUGGAGUCUACACUGACUGCAAACUUUCACAACCAUUGUAAUUGAUCUAAUUUUUUGACUAUUUUUUCCUCUCCAUUCUUCCUCUAGCUGAACCAUUGAGGUUCUAUGUUCCUUUUUUCGUAACCAAUAUAAUCUUACUUUAUUUUUUAAUUCAAACUAAGGAUAUUGUGGUGAGUAACUAAGAAAAUGUUUUUUUUUUUUAUGUUUCACCUUAUUCCAAGUGUGAUUUACUCAUUUUCAUCAUCUGUAGCUCUUGAUUUUUUUUUUUAUUUGGUUGCUAUUUUCUUUUUAUUCUUUUGUCUAAAUCUAUGCUUAAAGUGUCGAACUCUUGCUAAUGUCUGUUAUUUAAAUGUGUUAACUCUUCCUAAAAUAUUUUUUAAACACUUCAGACUAAGGAGAUGGUUAAUUGGGUGAUUCCACAAACCACUCCUAUGAGUAUUUAGGGAAAAUUUUAGCGCUAAAUUGUGUUUUUUUUUUCAAAUAUUUUGGCAAUUUUUCCAUUUUCAUUGUUGCCUAUCAUAGUUAAAACAGUUGAUAAUUUGAGUUUUCCCUUAAAACUGGCAAGGAUGAUGAAUUGGGUGAUUUCAGAAAUCAUUCUUUAAAGUGAAAGGGAAAGUCUAAACAUAAAAUAAAGGCAAAUUUUCCGUUUCUUGUUUCCAGGGAGAUGGUUAAUUGGGUGAUUCCACAAACCUUUCCUGUGAGUAGAAGGGGAAAUUUUUAGAACUAAAAUGUGUUAUUUCAAAAAAUUUGGCCAUUUUUUCCUACCGUAGUUAAAAAUAGCUAAUUUUCCCUUUCUUGUUUCAAAGGAGAUGGCUAACUGGUUAAUUCCAAAAACCUUUCCUGUGAGUAGGAAAGGAAAUUGUAGAACUAAAAUAUGUUAUUUCAAAAAAUUUGUCCAUUUUUUCCUACCGUAGUUAAACAUAUGAGAUUUGGGGUUCUCCUUUAAAUUGGCAAGGAUGAUGAAUUGGAGGAGGAUUUAAAAAAUCAUUCCUUAAAGUGAAAAGGGAAAUCUAAAUAUAUGUAUUUUCAACAAAAAAAUAAAAAUGGCUAAUUUUCCCUAUCUUGUUACUCUAGUCUGUCAUGGUUGAAUAUUUGAGGUUCUUCCUUUGUAGCCAAUCUAAUCCUAUUGGCACUAAAUCAUGGAUUAGUGUGUGAGUGUGUAUGUGUGUACAUUAAUUGAUAGCUUGUGGAUACUAUGGUAAGUCUUAUAACUCAAUAAGACAAAGGACGAAAUAAGGUCUGUAUUUCUUACAAGCUUUAGUAUGGGCAUAAAUGGACAACUAUCUAGGACAAACAAAGCAAUAUAGUUUGUUGUAGACAUCAAAAAUUCAAAACCUUAUAGACUUUGUUCCAAACACUAUAGUAUGUUUGGUGACUUAGAUUUUGUUUCAAGAUUGGUGAAAGAGUACAUGUUAUGGACUCUUCUAUGUUGUUUUCUACAUCUUGUUCUUAAAUGAUAUAAUUAUUUUGGUUGUACUUUCUUUAUAUUCUAGUUUCUUGAAAGUCAUUGUCAUCCGCUUGAUUUCUAAUAUCUUGAGAUCAAUUACAAUGGUUUUGAAAGUUUGCAGGCAAGUUCUUUUCUUCUUUCCAACUCUCUCUCCUACUCACUUUAUCUAUUAUUCACAUUAUUUUCUUGAUGUUGGUUUUUGCCCUUAGCUUGCAUGUUUUAAUACUCCUCUCUUUCCAUCCAGCAUUUGUAUACAUGGGGUGUAUGUAGUGUAGACUCCAUGAUUCAUUUUUGGAUUUUUUCUCAAUGUUAAUUAAUGAACGGAAUCUCAUGAAAAGAUUAUCUAUAUUGCACAAAGGUAAUUUCCAUACUAAAGAGAUUUUCAAUUUGCAUGUUUUUUCUACUUUAGUUUUAACACAUUUUUUAGUACCCGGAUCAGUUUUGCAAGUAAUCAAAAUUUAACUUCCAACAUAACUCUAGUUUCGGAUAUUUUAACUCUCACACCCUAAUGUGAUGAAGCUGAAAAUUGAUAUAUGUUUUCUAACCAAACAUGCUUCUGUAUCUAAUUAUUACUCUAGUCGUGGGUCAUGAUAGUAAGUUGUCCUUGAAGGGUUCUUCACAUUGAAUGACUCCAGAGGUAUUGCUGGUUGCAAUGAAGAAGGAUAAUCGAUAGUUAGUGUAUGGUGUCAACAGUGUAGGCUCUUCAAUCAUUGGUUACUCUUUGACUUGGCAAACAAAAAUGCCUCUCAGGAUUUAGAGCCACUAGACUCUGGCAUAAGAUAGUUGUGAUGCCACAUUCAUACAAUGACUCACCAAGGAAAACUAUGGCAACC